UCGGCUCGACAUCGCCAUGCCAGCCUUGGUAGCUGGCAAACCUCAUCGUGUUCCCCUCGGUCCUGACUCCUCUUCUCCUCCUCAUCCAUCAUCGUCAUCAUCCAAAUCCAAGCUGCCAUCAAUAGACUCAGCACUCCAGGUCCAAAGCGUUCUUUCUGAGCUCCUAUCUAAUCCCCUCAAGUUCGAAAAGUCCAAGCUUCAGCCGCCAAAGGUCAAAUACCCUCCGAUCAACGAGGGCAUCGCCAAGUCUCCACAUAUGACCGUCGACUACGAUGAACCCAUGCGCAAUUCUGCGUCGUCGUCGUCAUCGUCAUCGCCGGCUUCUGCAUCAGCCCUAGCUUCAUCGUCCAAGUCAAUGCUUUCUUCACCCUCGGCCCCUUCCCUCUAUUCUGGCAGGAUCCCCCUAACAUGGCCUCGAGAGGCUAGAAACGUCGGCGCUGGCCUUCACAAUCGAGGAAACACUUGCUACAUGAACAGUACCAUGCAGGCAAUCGUCCAUACUGCGCCCCUCGCACACCUGCUCCUCACUCAGGACGUGCAGCUCCUCAAGGGCAAACUUGGAGGCUCCGUCAAGAACUUUGACCCUGUCAAGGCGCUCCAGUCUUUUACACAGAGGGCAAUCGGCAAGACUGGUGGUCGGACGACGACGACGACGCCAGAAGAGUUCAUUCGCAAUCUCAAGUCAGUCGCAAAGUCGUUCCACCAUGGACGUCAGGAGGACGCACAUGAGUGGCUUCGUCUUCUCCUCGACUCUCUGCAGCAAGCAUGCCUAGCAGAAGGGUCUGCGAAGGCCAAGCAGUCUGCUCUGAGGGAAACGACGUUCGUUCACCAGAUCUUCGGCGGCAGACUGAGAAGUCGUGUGACAUGUGGCAGGUGUAAGCACCACUCGGACACCUUCGACCCCAUCCUCGACCUCUCCCUUGACAUACGUCGCUGCGACUCGGUGCAGGACGCUUUCCACCUCUUCACUGAUGUAGAACAGCUUCGAGGAUCAGAGAAGUACCGAUGCGAAAAGUGCAAAAACCUCGUAAAUGCAGAGAAGCACUUCAAGAUCGACCAGGCGCCCAACGUUCUCACUGUCCAUCUCAAGCGCUUCACUUUUACGGGCGCAAAGAUCGGCAGGCCGAUCGAGUUCCAGGAGAAGCUCAGACUGAAAGGUAGAUGGAUGUCGUCAGGUCAAGACGGACCUUCGUACUCGCUCUACGCCGUCGUGCACCACCACGGGGGCGGCCCUCAUAGCGGACACUAUGUCGCGCAGGUCAAAUCACCCGCAGGCAAGUGGUGUGGAAUGAAUGACGACAUGGUCUCGCCUAGUAGCCGGCCGGGCGCAGCAUCCAAGAGCGCAUAUAUUCUCUUCUACGUCAGGGAAGGCGGCAACGGUGACUCCCUGGCGCAGGCAAUCUCGACUGCGACGACCUCGACAGCUCCUGUGCAUACCAAGUCAGCGAAGCGACCGCCGUCCGACCUCGACGAAGAAGACCUCGGCGCUCGAUCGACUGCCAAGCAUCCGCACCUCUCGACAGCGAGCAGCCCGCCGCAUUCCAAGGUCGAUCUUAGCAACAGCAGCAGCAGCAGCAGCAGCAGCAACAACAGCAGCUUCAUCAAGCACCCCAAGGCGCACCAGAAUGGUCGACCAGCGUCUAGCCCACUCGGUACUUCCAUCCGCUCUCCAUACGCCGCCUCUUAUGGCGGCAAUGUUACGCCCAAUGGUUCUAGCCCACCGUCGUCGCGCUUCUCCCUCUCCAAGGCAGCAAAUAAGCACGGCGCCGAUUUUUUGCAUCGCAUCGGCGGAGGCAAGCACAAAAAGCAUAAGAGUGGAGGGGCAGGUGCGGGCAUCUUGUCGCCCAUCUCGGCGCAGCGCUUCCAUACUCAUGGAGGUGGUGGCCAGGGGAGCAAAGCCAAGGAGCGCAUGAAGGGGAGAAAGUCUAUCUAGAUUUUGAGCGGUGAGAGAAGGCGGGCGAAGGGGAUCAAAGAGGCGAGGCUGCGAAUCUCUGCAUUGUACCAUCAGCACCAGCACUAUCAGCACUUUCAUCGCGAGGCUUCCUCGCAAUUGCAUUGCACAUCUUCAAUCUGCUCUCCCUCUCUCUUGCACUACAUCUUUGCUCUUCCGUCCGGCGGCACAUCUAGUGGCGUUGUACAGAUGAUACCUGUGUCCUCGAGGCUUCCCAGUCUCCAUCGUCUGUUGAUCUCCUGGUAUCCGCCAGGGCUGCCAUCGGCGGACAUGUCU